AGACAUUGUCAGUCAAAAAGGAAAAAAGAAAUGCUCACUUGGAAAUUGGAAUUUCGAUUUCUUUUCCUCUCAACUCCUGCAAAUUGUCCCCCCAACUUCCCGGUUUCUCGCAGCAAAUUGAUAUACUACUCCAGCACCGGCCAAAUUAACUAACUUAACGGCCACUGCUUUUCACACUAUAUUAAUGUGCAGUUGGUCACUCUCGAGCCACACUCUCACUUCGCCGGUGAGGCAGGCAGCAAUGGAGCCAAAGAGCAGCAGCUGCGGCGGCGCCGGCAUUCGGCUGCGGCUGCUGGUCGUGCUCCACCUGCUGCUCUUAGUUCCGAGCUCGGCCAUGGCGUUCAACUACGCCGACGCGCUCGCCAAGUCCAUCAUCUUCUUCGAGGGCCAGCGCUCCGGCAAGCUCCCGCCCGGCAACCGCAUGCCGUGGCGCGCCGACUCCGGCCUCACCGACGGCGCCCAGUACAAUGUGGAUUUGGUGGGCGGGUACUACGACGCCGGCGACAACGUCAAGUUCGGCCUGCCCAUGGCGUUCUCGACGACGAUGCUGGCGUGGAGCGUGCUCGACUUCGGCAAGUUCAUGGGCGCCGAGCUGCCCAACGCCCGCGCCGCCGUGCGCUGGGGCGCCGACUACCUCCUCAAGGCCGCCACCGCCACGCCCGGCGCGCUCUACGUCCAGGUCGCCGACCCCAACCAGGACCACCGCUGCUGGGAGCGCCCCGAGGACAUGGACACACCCCGCAGCGUCUACCGCGUCACCGCCGACAAGCCGGGUUCCGACGUCGCCGGCGAGACGGCCGCCGCGCUCGCCGCGUCGUCCAUGGUGUUCCGCCGCGCCGACCCGGCCUACUCCGCGCGCCUCCUCCACGCCGCGACGCAGGUGUUCGACUUCGCCGACCGGCACCGCGGGUCGUACAGCGACUCGCUGGCGUCGUCGGUGUGCCCGUUCUACUGCUCCUACUCGGGCUACCACGACGAGCUCCUGUGGGGGGCGUCGUGGCUGCACCGCGCGUCGAGGAACGCGUCGUUCAUGUCGUACGUGGAGGCGAACGGGAUGCAGCUCGGCGCCGGGGACGACGACUACUCCUUCAGCUGGGACGACAAGCGGGUGGGCACCAAGGUGCUCCUCGCCAAGGGCUUCCUCCGCAACCGCCUCCAUGGCCUCGAGCUCUACAAGGCGCACUCCGACAGCUACAUCUGCUCGCUGGUGCCCGGCACGGCGAGCUUCCAGUCGCGGUACACCCCCGGCGGCCUCCUGUACAGGGAAGGCUCCAGCAACAUGCAGUACGUGACGACGGCGACGUUCCUGAUGCUGGCGUACGCCAAGUACCUCCGGUCGAGCGGCGCCACCGCGUCGUGCGGCGACGGCGGCGGCGGAGCGAGGGGGGAGGUGUCGGCGGCGGAGCUGGUGGCGGUGGCGAAGCGGCAGGUGGACUACAUCCUGGGGAAGAACCCGGCGGGGAUGUCGUACAUGGUGGGGUUCGGGUGCAGGUACCCGAGGCGGGCGCACCACCGCGGCGCGUCCAUGCCGUCGGUGCGCGCCCACCCGGGGCGGAUCUCCUGCGACGCCGGCUUCGGCUACCUCCACUCCGGCGAGCCCAACCCGAACGUGCUCGUCGGCGCCGUCGUCGGCGGGCCGGACAGCCGCGACGCCUUUGCCGACGACCGCGGCAACUUCGCGCAGUCGGAGCCGGCCACCUACAUCAACGCGCCGCUCGUCGGCGCGCUCGCCUACUUCGCCGGAACCACCAAGUAGCCAUUAGUGAGAGUGUGAGUGACGUGGCAGUGUGGGAGCGCGAGGCCAGUGAGAUGAGCUCCCCCGCCACGCUGUAUCGUUCGUUGACUUUGUCGUGUAUUCGACGCAACAAACAGUAUUUGCACGGAGUACGUACGAAUGUACGCUUGUCUCGUCUCUAUACGGGAUCCGUGUACGGUGUACUUGUUGACUCGGCUCGGCUCGGCUCGCUUCCCCCCUACGAAACGUGGCUCGGCUCGAGACUCUCUCUCUCCACCUCGCCGCCGGCGAAUCAAUCGAGAAAUGGUUUCUGAUGUGGCUGAAACCAUUUCAGAAAUGUAAACCAUUCACGCAUCAUGCUCAGUAGUUCUAAUUAGGUUUAGAAUGUAAAAGGAUGCAUGACAUUUGUGUGGUUGACUUGUAGUUAGUUUGAAAUGCGCUUCAGUGACUCAAA